CCCGCCGCCGCGUUCUCGCGUGAGCAGAGGCGCGAAGCGAAGCGAAGCUUCCGCGCUUUGGAAGAGGACGAGGCGGGUGUCCCUGCCUUCCCGGCGCCCGGCCGUCGUGCUGCCUGUUGGGACCCGCCCCCUCCCUCGUUUUUUCCUGCAAUACAGUGGAUACAAUUUGCCACGGCUACUCUCAGUGUUAUAGGUUCGAGUUCGCUUAUCACUUACGCUGUGUUCCAGAACCCACACACGUCUGCAGAGAUACUGUACCUUGCCUCACUCCUCUACACCAUCAGUUACAUCUGGUAUCUGCACACAGAGCUGAGGAUGAAACGCAGCCCGAAUGGGCAGAGCACAGCUGCACAGGUGAUAGAUCAUACUCACCAAGGUGGUCACGUGGUGUUCAUUUUGUCAAGCCUGAUACCUCUGCUGUUGAUGACACCUGUAUUCUGUCUGGGCAAUGUCAAUGAAUGUUUCUACAACUUUAGCCAGAGCCACAGGUGCAUCCUAAUGUACUCACCGCCGUCAGCCAUGAUUGAACCCCUGCCUUCCACCAACAUAUCUGUCUGCAGCACACUCUAUUUUUAUGGUGCCACUGUUUUCCUGGCCAGCUUUUUCUUCAGCCUCGUCAUCAUCACGGUCCUACUCAUCCAUGCCCAGACAUUGUAUAAGAAGUUUGUGAAGUCGACAGGCAUUCUGGAGUGUGAUCAGUGGGCAGUAAUUUACACUGUGGGUCAACGAGUACGCUUCUUCCCAGUAGCCUUUGUGUGCUGCUGGGGCCCAGCUGUCACACUGCUGAUCAUAAAGCUGAUCAAGCCACAGGAUUCCUCACUGCACAUGGCCCUCUCUGUACUCCAGGCUCUCACGGCGGCAUCCCAGGGUCUGCUCAACUGUUGCAUAUAUGGCUGGACACAGUGCAAGUUCCAGCGGCUAAAGCGUGAGCCUCGCCGUGACGCAGACACUCAGACUCCACUGCUGUGCUCACAGAAGAGGAUCUACAGCAGGAGCCCAGACCCACUGGCAUCUUCUCUUGAUUUUGCUUCCAGAUCAUCCACCAUUCUUUGAAACUGUGGAACUGGAACAUCCAGAGAGUGAAUGUUGAUGUGAGUGAGCUCUGCAGGUCUGCAGGGAGCACCUCUGUCUCUUCUGGCCAUACCCCAAGCUGAAGAACUGAGAGGGACUGGAACGCUGUGGUCAGCAGCAAUUCUGGGUGAAUUAGCAAGGAUCUCUCCAGGUACUCGUUCAGGAGGUAUAGCCGCUUUCUAUCUAAGAGACUCAUUACUUUGACAAAUACUAGACGUAUUUACGUCUCUUCAAGAAAAAAUAAAUUUCAGGUUCACACAUAUGUGUGUCGUUGGCAAGCUCUGCUUCAUGAAAGCAGGGGAGGUAGGAUGCCAUGCAGCAACUUGCAGGUGUGCAGUUGGGGCUUUCGCAAUGAGGUUGCAUGGAGGCCUGAGAAUUCUCACCCAGCCAGUUGCUCUGCCAGAUAUAUCUUUUUUUUUUUGUUGUUUAAUAUUCUUAGUGUUUAAUAUAACAGUUUUUAUAUAGAAUUUUUGUAAAACUUUACUUAAAAAUAUAAGUAGAUUUGGUGGCUGUAUUCAUCUGAAGUAUUUAUUUCUGGCUGAGCAAAGUUUCCUUAGUGACCAUUACAGGCAUGGUAGCAAAUCCUAUGUCCUGUGCAUGGUGAGAGGGAUUGAUCACAGUUGCUGUGCCAAGCACAGAGGUCCCAUAAUUAGAGCCAAGGCUCCCAGGACAGUGGCAGCAGUCACCACAGCUCAGCCAGCCCCAGGCUCUUAGUGUUCCCAACAGCAUUGUUCCUUGAGCUCUACCAAGCCCAAAGCUGCUCUCUUUCUCCACAGCACCAACUGUAGUUCAGCACCUAGACAGUCUCCUAGGAUUUCUAUCAUAGACAUCCUGGUAGUGAUGUAUUUCUGGGCAGCAGUGAGACCAGAAGGUCUCCAGGGUUUAGAUCAGAAGGAACAGGCUUACAUGGUGAACAGUAGUGACCUAAAGUGGGUUCCCUGAGCACAUCUACCAGUCCUUGCCCUGUGGGUCAAGAAUUCUGCCCUGGGAAGUGGUAGAGAUGUACCAGCAGACGGCAUGGAACAGAACCCAGAAGAAGCCCUGUACUUGGACUUGUGGGUUGUUGUCAUCCAGGCUGUAAUAGCUGAAGACAAAACAGAAGGCAUGUCUAUGUAUAAGAACAUAGUUUAAAUAACUAUAGAGAUACUAAUACGCCAUGGAACACUAGUAAUAAAGAAUUAUUUAAGGCAAAAAACAUUGAGAUUUAAGACUUAGUGAGUUGCCCACUUUAGAAUGCACACUUUUACAACACUGGGUCUCAUCCUAUGGGUUCCUCAGAUUCUGGAUGCUCCUCCCUUUAACAAAGUGAUGUCUUCAUUUCUCUUGCUCACCGUGUCCUGUCUCCACUUCUGUAUUGGCUAUCGGUAUCUGAACCCUUGUUCUGGAAAUCUCUGUGAACCUACUUCCGCAUUUUCC